CGAAACCUCUGCUCAACAACCUAUUAAUGAACAGAUUUUGACAGAUAUUUACACCUCCAUUUACCACCCGGGAGACCCACCCGAUCUUAAUCCCCAGGACUCCAUGACGGAUCGCUCCGCAAUACGGAGCCCAAACCAGCUCGGAUCCAUCUUGCGGCGGAACCUGCUCCAGUUGCUGGGAGUAGUAGCAGCAGCAUCAGUGAUAUGUUGCAAUCGAGCACACGCCAGCCCGGCGUCGAAUGCCUUCAGCUACCCCCCGGCAGUUCUGGUGUUCGAGAGCCCGUCGAAUGGAUCCGCAGCCGUUUAUGGGACGAACAUCGACUUAGCCUUCUCCCUGAGGUCAAGCCGGGAAGGGCGCAUAUUGACCCACGAGGAGAUCGAGGCACUGCGAGAGGAUGGCGUUUCCGUUUGCCUCGCCAAGAAAGGGGAUCCGAGACCACCACCUUGUGCCCUGCUGAGCACGGACACCACUCUCAGCCUUCACAAGCCGCUACCCGGCAUGUGGCACACGAUAGUGGCCACCCUCCAUCACGAGGCUGCGACGAGUGCCGGAGAUGACUCGGACGAGGCUAGGGCCUGGGCCGAAGCCGGCGAUAGCGUGUCGACGUAUGCAGAAAUCGAAGGGCUGUCAUCUACAUCCAGCGUGUCCAUGUGCGGCGAGAGUGCCUGCCUGGACAGCAGCGAGAAGCGCUCGGCAUACUUCGACAAUGUGUACAGAAUGGAGUAUUGGGCCGAGACCCGGAGUGGGCCAGGUUCGACAGUGCACAACACAAACAGAAUACGGCUAGCCUUGGAAGAGGUAAUUCGUUCCCAUGGGGUGACGAGCAUCCUCGACGCCCCCUGCGGAGACGCGACCUGGAUGCCUCUUGUUCGUGGUAUCGAUCAAGUCCGAUACCUCGGAGCAGAUAUCUCCCCCAGCAUCGUGGAAGACAAUCGACGCAAGUUUUCCAAACUACAGGACCACAGCGGGGGGUCGGGAGAUGAAGCCGUGGCUUCGGCAAACGCAGGAGGCUUACAUGAGGAUUCGUUUAUCCAGGCCGAUCUCGUUGAGCGGAUACCACCCUCCAUGGAUGGAAAGCCAUACGACCUCAUCUUCGUCAGGGACGUCAUGCUCCACCUCGCCCCUCGACACAACGUGCGGAUGCUGCAGAACAUAGAGGCCAGCGGUGCGCGGUUCUUGAUGGCGAGUACGAACGUUGACGGCAACGACAACUGGAAGGCUGAUACGUUUCGGCCGGCGAUCGGGCUCUUGGUAAAUCUUUCUCUACCACCAUACUGCUUGCGGCCGCCGAUUGCGCUCUACUCCGACGCGAUGCCCGAACGACCGGGCCAGCGUAUGGGGCUGUGGGAGUUGGAUCCCGCCAGACCGCUUGUUGGUUCGAAUGGACUAUGUGACCAUCUUUCCCCAGGCCCCCAUUAGCUAACCUAAACGCUCUUUUAUCCUACGUCUUCACUUCCAAACGAAAACCUGUCUCAAGAUGACUGUGUUGGGUGGUGUAUUGUAUGGCUUGUGCGUAAGUGCUGCGGGUGUGCCGUUCCUGUGACAACACUAGGUACAGUAGGCAGCAGAGUUGACUGUUCACCAUGCAUCCUUGAAGAUGGCUUACCGUUGCAGCGUAUAACGCUAUAGGUUUUCCCUGUCCGUGUCUUUU